AUGGCGACCACCGCCACCUUCCUACACCUCCUCGCCCCUCCGGGCCUCCGCCCCAAGCCCGUACUUCGGUCCCGCCUCCGCCGCCUCGCCCUGUCCGUCUCCCCCUCGGGCCCUGACGAGAUCCCCGCCGACGACCCGCCCGUGCUCCCCUCCAUCCUCGUCAAGAACACCGAGCCCGAGGACGUCGCGCGCCGCCGGAGCUGGGUCGAGCACGGGUGGGCGCCCUGGGAGGAGGCGAUGAGCCCCGAGGUCGCCUUCGCGCGCCACAGCCUGAACGAGGGCGAGGAGGUGCCGCUCACCUCGCCGGAGUCCGUCGAGGCGUUCCGCAUGCUCACCCCGGCGUACCGCGAGAAGGUGGAGUCCGAGCCGGGAUACCUCGAGCGCCUCUUCUCCAUGCGCGAGAUGCCUGAGCCCCUCGAGACCUCGUGGGCCGGCCGGCUGCCGCUGCGGCUCGUCCCGCCGCGGGACUGGCCGCCGCCCGGCUGGGAGGUGGACCAGGACGAGCUGGCCUUCAUAAGGGAGGCUCACAGGGCGGCGUCGGAGCGGGUGGACAUGGAGGCGGCCGCCGCCAAGGGGGUGACCAACGUGGAGAAGGUGGAGGACGCGCCGCAGGAUCUGGCGCUGGAGCGGUACAAGGUGUUCCUGAAGCAGUACAAGGAGUGGGUGGAUACGAACAGGGACAGGCUGGAGGAGGAGUCCUACAAGUUUGAUCAGGAUUACUACCCUGGUAGACGAAAAAGAGGUAAGGACUACCGAGAAGAUAUGCUGGAACUUCCAUUCUUCUACCCUGGACAGAUAUGUUACGGUAAAGUGAUCUCUAUUCACCUCCAUCAAGGAGCUUUUGUGGACAUUGGUGGCACACAUGAUGGGUGGGUGCCAAUAAAAGGAAACGAUUGGUAUUGGAUCCGCCACCAUAUCAAACCUGGCAUGAAUGUCUAUGUGGAAAUUCUGGCCAAACGAGAUCCAUACCGGUUUCGUUUCCCACUUGAAAUGCGCCUUGUCUAUCCUAACAUUGAUCACCUAAUAUUUAAUAGGUUUGACUUCCCACCAAUAUUUCACCGAAAGGAGGAUACAAACGAAGAGCAGCUGUGGCGCGAAGGUGGAAGGCCGCCCAUUCCUAGGAAAAAGCCUUUGACAGACAUGGAAACAGAACCUUUGGUGUCAGACCACCCCUUUGUUGAAACGCUUUGGGAAUGGCAUAAUGCAGAGCAGAUGAUUUUAGACCACGAGGAUGAAAAUCCAGAUAAAUUCAAGGAUGUGACGUACGAGUCAACAGUUGAUACAUCCUCAUUCGACGAAGAAAACAGGAUUCAAUACACUGAAGGACGUGUCAAAGAAACAGUGCUUAAAAAGAAAGUUGUGAAUGUAAACAUCAAAGAACUUGAUAUGAAGGCUGCUCGUGCUGAGCGUGAGGAGAUUAAAAGGCUCAAAGCGGAAGCACAAGAAAGAGGAGAGGAGUACAAAAUCGGGAAGAUGCGACGGAACAAAGAAAUGGACGAGUACGAUCUGCUGCAGUGGCGUCGCUCUUACGAAGAAAGGGAAGCUCUCCUCAGAGACAUAUGCUGCCGGAAGGCCCUGGGCCUCCCCAUUGAGGAGCCGGGGCGGUACGACGUGGACGAGACCAUUGUGUACGGGAAGGACUACUACGACCCGUCGAAGCCGAUGUACCGGUACGACUACUGGGGCGAGCCACGCAACACGGAGAAGGUGAAGCUGGAGCGGGACGUGGAGCGGCACAACCAGCAGAUCAUCGGGGACGCGAAGAAGUGGUGCGAGACGUCAUACGAGGACUACGUCCGGAAGAAGACGCUGCGGGAGGCCGCCGAGGCCCGGGAGCGGCGGCGGAGGGCGUCGGAGCCGCAGGAGGAGGAGGAGGAGUACGACGACGACAUGGACCUCGACUUCGAGAAGAUGACCGACCCCCGCGCCCCGCACAACCGGUUCUACAUCACGAAAUGA